CCCAGGCAUCUCCAGGAGCUCUUGCCUAUGUGGGAACCACCCUGCCUGCCAGCACUGGAAGCGGGGAUUCCCACUAAGCGUGGGUGUUAAGCCCGCCUUCCCAGCUCUUAAAGCACCACCUGGCACCCGAGCUGGAGUGCUCACACAGGUUGGACAGCCUGGCGACUGUGCAGAGCCGUUCUCUGCCUGCUUCAGGAACCAUGAGGGUGAGGUACUGGCUAGCAGUGUUGCUGUUGUGGGCAUGGUCUAUCCCGCCGCUGGCCCCAAGCUCGGCAGCGGCAGCGGACACACCCACAUACCGGUGGCAGGAUGCAGAGACACAGGAGUGGCUAGUGUGUAACCAGUGCCCUCCGGGCACAUUUGUGCAGCUGCCUUGUCGCCAGGACCGCCCCACAACGUGUGCUGCAUGCCCGCCACGCCACUAUACACAAUACUGGAACUAUUUGGAGCGCUGCCGUUAUUGCAACGUCAUCUGCGGGGAACACGAGGAGGAGGUGCGGCCUUGCCAUAACAUUCAUAAUCGUGUCUGUCGCUGCCGCCCAGGUUACUUCGCGCAUGCAGGUUUCUGCCUAGAACAUGCGUCUUGUCCUCCAGGCGCCGGUGUGAUCGUCCCUGGCACCUCCAGCCAGAACACUCAGUGUGGUCCAUGCCUCACAGGCACCUUCUCGGCCAGCAGCUCAAGUUCAGAACAAUGCCUUCCUCACCGUAACUGCUCAGCCCUAGGCUUGGUCCUCAACGUGCCUGGCUCCUCCUUCCGCGAUGCCCUAUGCACCAGUUGCACCAGCUUCCCUCAUGGAGCCAGAGGGCCAGGGACUGAGGAGUGUGAACGUGCUGUUAUGGACUUUGUGGCUUUCCAGGACAUUUCCUUCAAAGGGCUACAGCGGCUACAGCAGGCCCUGGUAAGCCCUGGCAAACCAGGCCCAUCACCACCACAGGAAGCCCUCAUGGCCUUACAGCUGCAGCUCCGACAGCAGCUCUCCAAGCUCAGUGAAGCUCAGAACCAGGCACUGUUGCCACAGCUGCUUCAGGCACUACAUAAGGCUAGGCUGCCCCAGCUGCAGAGGCGCUUGCGUACAUGCUUUCUUAUGGCUCCCUGAGCCCCUUCCCUGUCUGCAGGACUUUAUUCUAUAUUCCCAACCUGUGUCACCCAAACCUCACCAGAAGACUCCUUCAGGUUUAUUUUAUAAAGCCAUUCAUUUUGUAAGCCAGUUGCUCUGAAGUUGUGAUUCUGCUCAAAGGCCAAUAUGGGACCCUUGGUGGGAAGUCUAUCCCUUCUUGCUUCCAAGCCCUUAGAAAUGAGGAUGAUCACAAUUUCUGCUCACCCUGAUGUGUCCCAAAAGUCACUUCAUGAAACCCCUAAUCUUGCUCAGUGGUUGACAGAAUUGAGGGAACAUGGCCACGGUGACUCCUGGGAAAACAUCUAGUGUCCACAUGCUGGAAGAUUUCCCCUAACCUGGUUUUACCAUCUUUUGAAUUCAACCCACUCCUAAUUCCCAGGGGCUCCUCCAGGAGGCACCCAGCCAACCUAUUGUAGCCCAGCACCUUCCCAGAAAUGAGGCCUUGAGGUAAUAUCCAGACCCUUCAGUGACUUGGGAAACUGCCCUGCCACUUUCUGCCCCUCUAAGGUAACCAAAUCCUUCCUGAGGCUGGAGGCCCAGCCCUUCCUGCUUGUCCUGGGACACAAGCCCACAACAGACCCUUGGGACUGGCCAGGGACCUCCCCAUGAAUCACAGCGCCCACAGAAGAAUAAAUCUACUUCUUCCCACUGAGUCAUACCCUUCUCAGGCCCCCUUAAGGAAAGUUGACCUGACUUUGGAUACUAGGUAUUGAGCCUAUAGCCCAACCACAACUCCAAACCUUCCUGGGAGUUAUCACUUUCCCAGCAAAGACCCCAGAAUAGCAGUUUCCUGUAGUAACCACCGUGCCUAGGGUAGGGAACCAGCCUUUAGUUGCCUUAAGGGAUGGUUGGACAGGAGCCAAACUGUCUAUUUUACAAGCUUGAGCUGGCUACACUAGGAAGUCAGAGAACUCAGCUGGUCUCAUGGGCAUAACUGGCCCUAACACAAAUGAUUGCUGGUCCUAAGGGGCCUAACCUCACCCUAGCUGGAGAUGGAAAUCCAGUAUAUCACUGACCAGGGCCCUGUAGGGACUCAGCCCUCCUAACACAAAACCAGGGUACUAUCUGAGCUGGUAACAGCAACACCUGACCUGGAAAGGGAUGUGUGCUCAAGGAUAUCACUCAAACCUUUGUGUGUGUUGUGGGGGGGUACAGCAGGACUUGACUUCCAAACAUUUCUACAUCGGCCCUCUCCCUUGGAGAUUAAAGCUGAGAAAGAAUGGCUUAGUGGGAAAAGUCUGCUGAACCUUGUUCUAAGGUUGCAUUAAAACCCAGAAGAGCUGGGAAUCAUGUCCCAUGCCUGUAAUUUUAGCAGAUAGAGGGCAGGAGCAGAGGGUUCCAGGUUAGCCUGGGCUAUACAGAAAGAUCCUGUCACCCCUCC